AUGAUGAAACUGUGCAUCAGUUGUGUAAACAGGCUGUUUCAUAGGUAUUUACCAUUUCAACUUUUGACUUUUGACUUCAAGGGUGUUGAUAUUCUCAUAGCUAUAAACAAAGAUGAGAUGCUACAAAUGAUGAGGUUUGGUGCUGAAAUGGUAUUCAGUUCAAAGGAUAGUACAAUCACAGAUGAAGAUAUCGAUAGAAUCAUUGCUAAAGGAGAAAAGGCAGUUGUUGGGCUGUUAAUUUUGUUCAUAUGGCCUUCCAGUUGGAGAAAUAAAGUUGAUCUUGCAUUAGGAGAUAUACAUGUUGCAAAGUGUAUGAGUCUAACUACCCAUGUGUCCCAUUGGAGGAAGCUCAAGGUUCUUUACUUCUCUUAG